GUUUUGACUAAGUGCCGAAUUGACCAUGUCGUCCCUUUCUUAUCAUUUCAUUCCCCAGUCUCAUCAAUCCCUCGAUUAUUGUCAAAACUGAAACACGUUGUUUUUCUACUUGGAAGUUUUAUCCACCACUAGAUUUUUCACCCUCUCCGGGGGUCUGUAUACCAAUAAACUGUUGAUCUCUCAACGACUUAUCAGUACAGUGAAAAAUCUACAUUAUAGACAUAAACCCAAGAUAGAUUCAACAUGUCACAGUCAGAAUCCGUUUCUGAAAGAGAGUUAAGAACUUCUAGAACACUUACAUCUGAUGGAGAUCACCUUUUCCAACAGUCUAAUGAACGACAUCAAUACAUUAUUAGAACUAUUAAGAGAGAUAUCGACGCUAUUAUACUAGACGUAGAAGAUAAUCCAGUGGUGGACCUCUCCACAGCGUCGACGUACAGAGAUGAAAUUUCAAAACUAUCAGAAAAGUUUGAAAAAGAAGCUAACACAUAUUUUGAUUUCUUAAAAUCAUAUAGGACAAAAGAAAGUGAAAUCGAGCAUGCAUCAUUUAAAGUGUCAUUCUAUGCGUUAAAGGCCAAAAUAUCCGUCGUCAAACAACAUCUUAGUGAAUUGCUACCUAGUAGAUCCAAACAAGAUAGUGAACGAACUCUUAAAAGUCGUAGCUCCCAUCAUAGUUCCCGUCAUACUGGGUCAACAAGAAACUCGUCACUUAGUGCUCAAUCAGAGAUUCUUAAACAAACUGUGAAACUGGAAACCGCAAAGACACGACUUAAAUAUGCCAAAGAGGAGGCAGAACUGUUGCACCGCGAAGCUACACUCAAAGCAGAGAGAAACGUCCUCUCUAUGAAGCGAGAAGUCGACGAAGCUGAGUCGGGAUUGCAAGCCGUUAAGAAGGCUUUGAAUUAUGAUCCUAAUGACUAUGGUGAAAGUUAUGAACCACCAAUAAUUGCUAAUCCGGUAGUUCAGUAUGCCGAUGUAGACAGGAUAUCUGAAAGAAAGUACCGUAGUUCUAAAGUACCAGAUACACAUAACAUUACAGAACGACGUACAGCAGAAUUUGUGGAGCAACAGCGCUCACAGCAUGCUUCUCAUUUGACCGAAAAUGACUUUCAAGCAAACAGUGUUAACAUUCCUGUUCAUUCUUUAGGACCAUUGAAUCCAAUAGCACGACCUUUUGUUCCGACCCAGAGGAACGAAGCACAAGAAUUGGCCAAGUUUAUGGUAAAGAAAGACUUGAUUACAUCUAGGCUCAUAUCAUUUGAUGACCAACCUUCACAUUACUCAUCUUGGAAAAUUAGUUUUCAACACAUAAUGACCGAGUUAGAUACAAAUCCUUUGGAACAGUUGGACCUUCUAAUAAAGUAUUUGGGACCAAGCUCAAAACAGCAUGCUCAGAACAUUAGAUGUGCUAAUGCCAAUAAUCCGGAUACUGCAGUGUGGCUUAUAUGGGAACGCUUAGAUGCUAGAUUCGGUAGUCCAGAGAUGAUAGAGUCGUCACUUCACUCACGUAUAGUUAACUUCCCGAAACUUUCAAACAAUAACCGAAAGGAACUCUACGAGUUAGCGGACUUAGCUGCUGAGAUCGAGUCUAUUCGCAAAGAUGAAAAGUUUGCCACCACAUUCGCUUACUUUGAUUCGUCUCUAGGUGUGAAUCGUUUUGUAACCAGAUUACCUUACAGUAUUCAAGAAAAAUGGACUACUACUGCCAAUGGUUAUAAGUCAAAAAACCAUGGAGUAUAUCCGCCAUUCUCCUUCUUUGUGCCAUUCUUGCAAAACAUUGCUAAAGUGCGUAAUGACCCUGGAUUUUUAUAUGACAAUCAAGACACCAAACCGACCACAUCUAGACAAACGAGGGUACAAAAUCGUUUUCGAAGUCCUGCGCAAGUUUCAAGCAUUAAAACCGACAUUGGACACAGUGUUAAUAGACCACCUAUUCAGAAGCAAAAUGAGGACUUGUGUCCCCUCCAUGGAACUAAUCAUACACUUAACACGUGCCGUGGUUUCCGUGCUAAACCAUUAUCAGAGAGACUUGAUUUAAUUAAGCAGAAAGGUUUGUGUUUCAAGUGUUGCGGACCUAAGAGACAUUUCCGUGACAAGUGUAAAGAGGAUGUCAAAUGCAGUGUGUGUUGUUCUCGUGACCAUCCGUCAGCCUUACAUGUAGAUAUUACAGCCGAACCCCAGAAAAAGCACGAGGAGGAGAAUUCUAAGGAACAGAUUAGCAGCAAAUGCACCAAAAUAUGUGACUCGAUACACAAUACCAGUAAAUCAUGUGCUAAGAUAGUACUCGCCAAAGUAUAUCACUCUGAUAGACCAGAUCAUUUCAAAACUGUUUACUGUGUGAUCAAUGACCAAAUCUGA